AGGAAUUAGAAGACCCUAAUUAUCAGGGAGGUUCAUGGGCUUUACCGGAAAAUCCGGCCCCUUUGGAGCAGGCUAAAUAUGAGAUUUGCCAAAAAGUAAUUAGAUACAAGAGAAAUAAUAAAUUAACCACGGAGGAAUUUGCCAAAAAAAUCCAAUUAAGCCAGGCUGAAACCGAGGAUAUUUUGUAUUGUCGACUAGACCACUUUAUCCUGGAUAGAUUAAUGGAUUACACCAACAAAUUAUUUUCUCCUGGUGAAGCAAAAAUCACCAUUAAAGAAGUUGACAAAAAAAUACAUGCCCAAACUGUUUAA